CCCUCAUCACCGCCUGCCAACUCCCUUCCCCAUCCUGGAGCCCCCUCGCACUCCCCAUCCCUGCCUCCUGUCUCCUUGCUUCUCUGCCCGCGCCUCCUUUUCGACUCCACGUCCCCCUUCCUGCCUCUCCCUUCCUGCCUUUCCCGGGCCGGCCGCUCCCUCCCUUCUUCCCUCACUCCGCUCCUCCGUCACUGGCUGCGGACGGGAUGGGCAGGGAGAUGCAGUGCCUGUGGGCUCCUGGGCUCAUCCGCUCUGGGAAGGGAGGGGUUAAAGGGGUCUUGGGUUCAGGGACUGGAAAAGUAGACGGGAAGGGAGAAUGUGACAUCAAGUUCUGAAGAAGAAAACAGGCCUGCCCCAGAGUUUUGGGAAGGAGUUAAGGGCCCCUAAGUAUGGUAGGGGUCAGGUCUUUGGGGCAGAAAGGGAAUAAUAGGUGGGGAGGGCCAAGAUGCUGGGGAGUUAAGGGUUCCACCAUGGUGCUGAGACAUGAGGAGUAAAGGGGUAGGGAGUUCUAGGUUCUGGAAGGGACAGGGUUCAACGGAUCCAGAUCUGGGGACGGGGCGGGUGUCUUCCGGCAGGAAGGAGGACCCACUCAUCACAUCUUCCCUGUGUGUUGGGACUGGGGCUAGAAGGCUGAGCCUCCAUGGGACAGAAGGUGUUCCAGCACCCUGCAGUAGGGGGUGCUGCUCAGUAGGGGUAACGGGCACCGGUACUGUGAAGAAUAAGCCAAUCAGAAAGCAGGUCCCAGAAGACUCACCAAUAAGGUGCAUAGGGUGGGACCAAGUGUGGCCUGGAGGUGGGCCAGGACUGUGCCGGCCUAUUUAGGUUGGGUGCCAGGCAUACAGCCAAUUGAGCAAUUUGGGGUAGAGCCAAAUUUGGCUGGAGUAAAGAGAAUUUUGACUGCAUUAGGGAAGAUUCCGGGAAUAAAAGAAAGAGGAGGCUGAGAUGCCCUGCUCUCUGACCUGGAGACUACCACCUCACACAUGCCAAGGUCAGGAGCUCCAAAAGAGCGGCCCCCAGAGCCCCUCAAGUCUCCCUUGCCCUAUGGCCACCAGCCACAGAUGGGGUCUGGAGAGUCUUCAGGAGCCUCUGGAGACAAGGACCAUCUGUACAGUACGGUAUGCAAGCCUCGGUCCCCGAAGCCUGCAGCCCCUGCGGCCCCUCCGUUCUCCUCUUCCAGCGGUGUCUUGGGCACAGGGCUCUGUGAGCUAGACCGACUGCUUCAGGAACUUAAUGCUACUCAGUUCAACAUCACAGAUGAAAUAAUGUCUCAGUUCCCAUCUAGCAAGGAGGCUGCAGAGGAGCAGAAGGAGGACCAAUCUGAUGACAAGAAAAGGCCCAGCCUCCCUCCCAGCCCAUCCCCUCUUCUCCCAAAGGCUUCGGCUACCUCGGCCACUCUGGAGCUGGAUAGACUGAUGGCCUCACUCUCUGACUUCCGGGUCCAGAACCACCUUUCAGCCUCUGGGCCAACCCAGCCAACAGUGCCAAGCUCCGUGAAUGAGGGCUCCCAAUCCCCACCAGGGCCAACUAGCAAGGGCAGCCUAGACACCAUGCUGGGGCUGCUGCAGUCGGACCUCAGCCGCCGUGGCGUUCCCACCCAGGCCAAGGGCCUCUGUGGCUCCUGCAAUAAACCCAUUGCUGGGCAAGUGGUGACGGCGCUGGGCCGCGCUUGGCACCCUGAGCACUUCGUUUGCGGUGGCUGUUCCCUGGCCCUGGGAGGCAGCAGCUUCUUCGAGAAGGAUGGAGCCCCCUUCUGCCCCGAGUGCUACUUUGAGCGCUUCUCCCCACGAUGUGGCCUCUGCAAUCAACCCAUCAGACACAAGAUGGUUACUGCCUUGGGCACUCACUGGCACCCGGAGCACUUCUGCUGCGUCAGUUGCGGGGAGCCCUUCGGAGAUGAGGGUUUUCACGAGCGCGAGGGCCGCCCCUACUGCCGCCGGGACUUCCUGCAGCUGUUCGCCCCGCGCUGCCAGGGCUGCCAGAGCCCCAUUCUGGAUAACUACAUCUCGGCUCUCAGCGCGCUCUGGCACCCAGACUGUUUCGUCUGCAGGGAAUGCUUUGCGCCCUUCUCGGGAGGCAGCUUUUUCGAGCACGAGGGCCGCCCGCUGUGCGAGAACCAUUUCCACGCGCGGCGCGGUUCGCUGUGCGCCACGUGUGGCCUCCCGGUGACCGGCCGUUGCGUGUCGGCCCUGGGCCGCCGCUUCCACCCGGACCACUUCACCUGCACCUUUUGCCUGCGCCCGCUCACCAAGGGCUCCUUCCAGGAGCGCGCCGGCAAGCCCUACUGCCAGCCCUGCUUCCUCAAGCUCUUCGGCUGACCACGCCCCUUUGGGAGACCAAGGCCCCAAAGGCCCCGCCCUUCCCGAAAAGACCCUGUUCUCCAGACCCCGAGGCCUUGCUCUUUGAGCUUGGGAUUCUCUCCGACCGGGCUGUUUAAGGCCCUACCCACUGGAGAGACCCGCCCCUAAGGUACGGUACUAUACGUUCUCCGUGGGAAACUUCAGAAAAGGCCAGGCCAAUCCCAAGGCCACAUGCCCCCAAAGUGGGUCGUAGUCUGACGAGCGAUGCCGCCUGAGCUCUUCACUUUAUUCCCCCUGUUGAGGGAGCCUCCCUACUGGAGGAGGACCCUUGCAAUUCCGACCAAUCAGAGGCCAGGCCAGGACGUCCCUCUCUCCACUCCCUCACUGUUCUUUGCACUUUUUUCUACCUACAUAAAAUACAUUCCACGUCACACUG